AUGUCGACACCAGGUACAUUCCUACACGAGCUCAUGCACAUGGCGAGCGGCGCAGAAGAUGAAAUCUUCAUUGAUCCCACUGACCAAAAGUCCAAGAAGGCAUAUGGUGCCUACGACUGGUCCCGAGUUGUUGCCGGCAGUCGAAUCUCCAGCAGUACCAGUCGUUCAAUCCCCUGGAAGCGGACGCUUCGGAAGCACAUUUCCCAUCAUUCCCAUCACCAAGCUGUUCUCGAGACAGGCGAGGAUAUUUGA